GCCUAAUCGAGUUAUGGAAGGUAUUUAAAUAGGUCCGCGAACAAAAUUAAAUCAGUUGUGCAGCAGUUGCGGUUCACUCCAACAUGGGUGCACAUACACACAUCGGUCUUUUAUUUUUGGCGUUGGUCGCCUGCAGCAGCGCCUUCAAAGUAUUCGUACCCCAAAACCAAGAAGUAAUUUACGAGUAUGAAGCCCUGAUUAAAUCCGGAACAUUAUAUCCCGCCGCGUUCGCUUCCGAGUUCUUCCUUAACGGUAAACUCCACAUCCAAUACCAUGACCAAUACCUGGUGGUCCAAUUCUCCGACCUGAAGUACAAAAUGUACAACGGUCUUGAGGACGGUAGCCAAUACAAGGCACAAUACGUGCCGAUGCCAGCUGGUGUUGAAGACUUGUACAAGAGCUUCAUCAUAGCCAUCGAUCAAUCGGGCUUAGUUUUGGGCAUCAAGGUGGACAAAUCCGAAAAAUUAUGGUCCGUUAACAUCAAGAAAUCCAUUGCUGGUAUUUUGCAAAUGGAAUUCUCUAAGGUGCAAUACGAGUCUAAAAAGGCGCACGCCUUCCAUCUUAAGGAACACUCGAUCUACGGGCCUGUGGAAGUUUUCUACAACGUUUUGCCUCUUGACCACUAUGUGGAAGUUCAAAAAAUGAUCGAGAUGCCAGAUUUCGACAACCUUUACACACACUCCAUCAGUCCUGUUAAUGAGAACCUGUGUGACGUACCGUUCCAAGAACCGAUCAGCUACGACGCCUUCAGAAGAUACUGGAUCGUCGAAGAAGAUGGACACAAAUACGUCAGUUUCAUCCAAGGUAGCGGAGGAGUUUACUACCACCCCUUCGCAGGACAAUCCGAGGCUCAAUACAUUUUGGUCAAUCAGACUUUCAAUUUAAUCGAACACAUCCCAAUCUCCAAACAAUUUGCUGCACCAGUUGAUGGUCUUGCAAUUAACGAUCUCAGUUACAUUUUCUUCGAUGAAAUGGUCGAAAUUGAAUCCGUGCCAUACCUUAAUUUGGGACGUAACGUGAUCGAUCAAAAAUCUAUCAUUCCGAAAAUUUUGAGCUGGUUGGAGGACAUCUGGAACUACCCUCAGAAAGAUCAUCUCAAGCCACAAUUGCCUAAUCUCAAAGAAGGACAAGUCAUCAACCAACUUAAAAACAAAUUGAUGCUUUUGGACUACCAACACUUAACCGAGCUGUACACCCAAAUACUCGCCAAGCCUGAAGAAAUCCAAAAGAUCUUCUACGAAGUUUUGCCACUUGCAGGAACCAAAGCAUCGAGCUUGUUGAUCUUGAAACUGGUACAAGAAAACAAAUUAGACGAAAGCAUCAUCACUUCUUUGUUGGAAUACUUCCCCAGUUAUGUAGUUGUUCCAUCCCAAAAACUGGUUGUAGCUAUGGAAGGGUUAAUCAAACUUGACGACAAAUACGACUGGGAUAUCAGGAAAUCAGCCAUUUUGGCCUUCGGUAAUUUAAUCGGAGUCUCCUACGAAUACUUGGAGAACGUACACAAUUCCAGCUACUUCCAUUACCACAUUAAAGGAGACAAUCUCGUCGCCUACGGAGAAUACGAAGAAAACUAUGAAGAGAAUUUGAACAACUUCUUCAACAAGUAUGUAAAAUGGUACUUUGAAAAAAUGAAGGAAAGCUCAGACCGCGACGUACAACUGGCCUACAUCUACGGUCUGUCUAACAUGGGCUUGGACAUCGUUCUUCCCAGCCUCAUCCCUAUUGUUAAAGGAGAAGUGAAGGAACUUGAAACUCACAGAUUGUCCGCACUUUGGGCUUACGUCACCAUCGAUUACGAUCCGUAUUCAAUCUAUAAAGUUCUCUGGCCAAUCUUCACCAACAAAUACGAGCCACUUGAACUCCGUAUUGUCGCCUACUGGAUGAUCAUGGAAAAUCUGCCCGACAUGCAAACUUUCAACUACAUUUACUGGUACAUGCAAAAGGAACCAAAUCCCGAAUUAUACAGUUUCCAUUAUUCCUACAUUUCCUCCAUGAGCGAGAACACCGAUGUUUGUCACAAGGAAAAGAAGCUUUAUGCCUCCCAAUUGUUGGCUUACAUGCAUCCACCACAGGAAGGUUACUCCGAAUAUAUUUUAACCAACUUCAUGAACAUCAAAUACAAAUGGGGAUUGGGCACUCAAGCAGCUUUCAUCCAAACCAAUAACUCCUACAUUUUCAACAUACUCGGUAGCAGCACCAUUUUCAACACCUAUUCCGAAGACUGGAUCGCCUAUGUCAAGAUCCAAGGUUUGGAAUUGGACUGGAAAUCAAUUAUGCAAGAAAACAUCGCCGAUGCCAACGCACUGAACAAGAUCAGCAAAGCUAAAGUAGAAGAGGGUGGCGGUCACGUUGAAAUAGUGGUCAUGUCCAACCAAAAGGUCACCGACUCGUAUUUCGUUACUUUCAACGAAAUCAAGGACCUCAUGUCACUUCCUUGGUUGGAAUUGUUCUUCACCAAAGACAAGUUCGAAGACAAAUCUGUGAUGAUCAGCUACGAAAAAUACGUCAAAACUUUCCUCCCGACCGAUAUUGGAAUGCCCGCCCUUAUGGAAAUUCUCCUGCCUUCAGCCACAUACUUCGAAUUGACGACCAGCAAGGAAUUCAAAAAUGAAUACUUUAACAUUCACUGGCAAAACUAUUUAAUUAACUGGAUCCACUCCAGACAUGGACUUUCAAUCUACAAUUCAUUCGUGGAUGUCUGGCAAGGCAUUAACAAGUUCCACACUUACGACAUUGCCUUCCCUCUGGUCUUCGACUUCUCCUACAACAUUCCCACCAACGUAAUGAAGAUUUCCUUCGGCCAAUUAAACGACCCCAUCAAAGAUGUAGUUGGCAUGAGAAGUCACGCCACAUCCCUCGUUUUCGUAAAACUACCAGAGAAUUCCGACGUCCUGAGCAAAUCCUGUCCUGGUUCCAUUCCAUGGUACAUCGUUAGCGCCGGUGAUAAGUACAGACACAACUACCCAUUGUACUCAGAAGAAGACGAAUACGGUGGUCGCGAAUGGGACAUGAUCGUUUUCGACAGUGAAUUCGAAGUUACCAACGGCACCUUAGGAUAUGUGGACGAAAUUAUGUCGCAGAUGUACACCAAAACUAUCAGCACUCCUUGGGAUCACAUUGUUCUCAGCCUUUUGGAUUGGGACACUUAUGUUUUCAUGUUGCCGGAACAAUUGAAUCACGGCUUGUUGAUUCGUGGUACUCCUUUGAAGGACGUGAGCACAAUCGAUUUGAGUAUUAAAUGGGACAUCAAGAGCGGAUCCGACAAGUGGACAUACACAAGUGGUUACAAAUUAAACACCAAGUGGAGCUGGGCUGUUAAGAGCCAAGAAAAGAGUUUGAAGAGUUUGCACUUCAACACUGUUAUUGACAUGAAUGACGGACACACUGUCAACGGUUUCCAGAUGGACAUUAGCGCCGUUGUUCCCGGAUCACCUGAGUACAAAAUGUGCUUGGAUGGUAAGAAGAAAUGGGCCUUGGAUAAGGUUACUGGUCAUCUGGUGGUUGGCUUCAAGGAGUCAGGCAAAUGCGGACCUGAAGACACAAUUUUGGAUAUCCAGAUGGAAGGAGUAAAAUCUAAUGAACAACUCAGUGGUAAUUACUUGUAUGGCACUUGUCAAUAUCCAAUGCCAUUCUCCAUUCAACCCUUCAACACCCUCGAAUGUAUGGUCGACCACUCUACAGUCAGGAAAUACACUUACAACAUCAAAACUCCCAAACCCUUGCCUCCACAAUUAUUGGAACCUUUCUACGGGAUCUUGAACAUGGUCAAGGGAUACUUCUUCUCUCACUACGACACUAUCGAUUCCACUAGCAUUAAAGACAACACAGCUUUAAUCGAAGUCUACUACCCAGUAACAACGCAAGAAGUCAACAUGUACGUCUACACUCCCAAGGGUAGCUGGUCUUUAACCGGCUUGCCUUUAGAUUACUGGGGCUGGUUCGGCUUCUACCCCGACUCCCUGUAUUAUCCCCUCGAAUUCUACGAAAAUCUAGUUCAAUCUAGCGAUUACCACGUGCUCCAUGUUGACGAACAAGUCUUGAAACAAAGCGCGGUCAAUUUCAACGACUGGAUCUUCUUCAUCGGCAACGAUGAGAGCUCAAUCACCGAAGGUGUCUACCUAAAGAAGUCCUCCAACGGCAAAUUCGAUCUCAAAAUCGUCGUCGACGGACACACCGCCAUCAUGAAACCCGGCAAGGAAAUCACAGGCACGAUGGACGGUGCAGAAAUUAAAGAAAACCAGAAGUACGAAUUCCUGUAUUGGGACACAAUUAAGGCUUUGGGCAGGAACGAGUCCGUGGCCAUCAUGUUCCCACGCAGCGGUCUCUUUGUGGAAUACGAUGGAUGGGUGAAAUUGCGUGUACCUGAAGCCGACUUUAAAUGGAAGGGUGCUGCCCUUGCUGCUCUUUGAAUGUAUUUUAUGUUUUGUAUGACUGUUUAACUUUAGGAUAAUAAUAAAGCAAAUUAAUUCAUAGA